GCUGCUACGGCCGCCGGAGCCGGAGUGCAUGCCGGCGGGCGCUCCUCUGAGCAGCAUGCUUUACUUCCAGAUGGUGAUCAUGGCAGGGACCGUGAUGCUGGCUUAUUACUUCGAGUACACGGACACUUUCGCGGUCCACGUCCAGGGCUUCUUCUGCUACGAGGGCUCGUACCGCAAGCCCUACCCGGGCCCGGAGGACAACAGCGCCGUGCCCCCGGUGCUCCUCUACUCGCUCGCCGCAGGGGUGCCCGUGCUGGUGAUAAUCAUUGGAGAAACUGCAGUGUUUUGUCUACAGUUAGCAACAAAAGAUUUUGAAAACCAAGAAAAAACAAUAUUAACUGGAGACUGUUGUUAUAUAAAUCCACUGGUGCGCAGAACCUUCAGAUUCCUUGGCAUUUAUGCAUUUGGACUGUUUGCAACAGAUAUCUUCGUAAAUGCUGGACAAGUAGUAACAGGGAAUCUUGCCCCACAUUUUCUUGCACUUUGUAAACCCAACUAUACAGCACUUGGAUGUAAACAGUACACACAAUUCAUCAGUGGUGCACAUGCCUGUACUGGAAACCCAGAUCUUAUAAUGAAAGCCAGAAAAACAUUUCCAUCCAAAGAAGCAGCUCUAAGUGUAUAUGCAGCAAUGUAUCUGGCCAUGUAUAUUACCAACACAGUAAAAGCCAGAGGAACAAGACUUGCAAAACCUGUUCUGUGUUUGGGCUUAAUAUGUCUGGCCUUUCUUACUGGAAUCAACAGAGUAGCAGAGUAUCGAAAUCACUGGUCAGAUGUGAUAGCAGGAUUUCUAAUUGGAAUAUCUAUAGCAGUUUUUUUGGUUGUAUGUGUGGUAAAUAACUUUAGAGGAAGACAAUCGGAACAUGAACAUUCACAUAUGGACAGUCUGGCUCAGAUGCCAAUGAUCAGCAUUCCUCGAGUAGAAAGUCCUUUAGAAAAGAACCACAUCACGGCCUUUGCAGAAGUCACAUGAUGUUGAAGCGGAUGUGUAUUCACUGCACUGGACAUCAUCUCUUUUCACAGUCCGUUCAUAAAAAUUGAAGUGUGUUGAAAAUAAGAGAGUAAAAAGCGUCUGGUUUGUAGCUUGAUUUCUUUUUACAUUAUUAGAACUACAUCAGCAUUUGAAGAAUGCUUCUUAAAUAUUUAAAGUUCACUUUACUUUUCAAUAGAAGCAUUACAUCAUUUUAUUUUGGGGGUGGGAAGGAAUCUAAGCACUAGUCACACUUCUAUUUCAAUGCCCUCUAUUUUUGGCUAUUUAUAAUUUUUAAUUAUUCAUGUAACUAUUCAGCAGUAUUUCAUAUUAUGAUUGAUUUGGUUUUUAAAAUCCAAGUUUUUACUUGAGCAUGACAUUGUUUCCAUUCAGGCAGAUUUAAAUGUAGAAAAACUAUAACAAGAUUUACAUUCUGUACUAAGAUGCUGUUUGCACACUGUAUUAUGCUCUAUUUCAUGUAGGAUAUCAUUCAGACGGUAUGUUAUAUGUAAGAAUGGUGCUUCUGCUUUUGAAGAGGGAAAAAUGCCAAUUUUUACUGUAAUAAGUAUUGUAUCAUAAUUAGAAGUUUAUUUAUUUGGAUAUUUUCCUGACUUAAUUGUAGUUAAAUUGUUGUUUUUGUAGUUCCUGAUUGUUUUGGAUGAUGUACAUUGUAUCUAGGAUAAAAGAAGAGAGAAAACAUAGGAAUUUGGCUAUUGCUAUAUCUUUUAUUAUUAAUGAUAGGUUAAGGGCUCCAUUCUGAACUCUACCAUAUCUUAAUUGUUUUUCAUAAUUAGCAUUAAGAAUAGAGCUAUCACUAAUCAUUGGAACUAAUUCACAUUUUCUCCCAUUUUUAUUGUGCAUCUCAGGGAGCCCACUAGGCAUGAGAGAGAGUGAAAACAGACCACUGCUUCAGCUAGUUCCCCUUCUCAUCCUAAGUUCUUUGUUUUUGUGAACUUCAGGGGAGGGAGUAGGGGCAGGGAGUAACUGCAUACAUUUAAGAUGCAGCUUCAAUAUCUUCAGCUUAUGUGAUCAGAACUGACAUAGUUGAUCACCAUGAGUGUAACUGACCUUGCCAGCAUAACAGGGUCAUGUUUUCACAUGAAUGAUUUCUCCAACAAUUUCUGCAAUGAAGAGGAGAGAAAUUGACUUUUCUUUAACAUCACGCAAUCAUAAUUAUUCUCUUCCCAGUUAUUAUUGUGAAGAAUCAUAUCAAACCUACCUAUUCAGGAGACAGUCCAGCUCUUUAGUAUGUUCAAGUUGUCCUAUAUUGAGCCAUUUCAUAGAAACAGGAAGAAACAGGGUGUUGAAAUUGAUAAAUACAGAAGGAAUUCCUGGCCCAUAUUUGAAGAUUUUCCUUUGGCAAGAGCAGAUAUGAUACAGGUAUCCAUACAUAACGAAUUGCAGGGUUAGGCAUAUAAUAGGCCCAUGUUAAGCAGCCAGUAUUUGCUUUGGAUUCAGAUUUGGCCAACCCUGGGGACAGUGAUUUGAUUUGAAUCACUGUCCCCAGUUGAUUAAGCCGAAUCUGAUUUGGAGAUUUGGCCACCGCCAAAUCAGCCAAAUAUCCAAACCAAAUAGGCCACAUCCCCCACCCACUCUCCAAGCCCUGUCAAUGGCUGCCCCGCCCUGCCCAGCCCCAGCAUCCUGGCACUAAAAAAAAAAAAAAAGCCCCACACUCAUCAGCUCCUGCCAGGUGGGGGAGUGAUCUCUGAAGGUGGGGGGGGAGGGGAGGGCUCAGCCAUGAGCCGCCAGAGGCCCCAAUGGGUGCUGCUGCAGCUGGUGAGGACGGGGCUUUUUUUUUUCUUUCUUUUUUUUUUUUUUAAGUGCCAGGAGCUGGGGGCAGGUGGGGCAGCCAUUGACAGGGCUGGGAGAGCAGGCAGGGGUGGGUCAGGGAGGUGCUCAUGGGGAACUGGUGGGGGUCCCCCCAUGGUCCCUUUCCUCCUCCUCUGCCACCCACCCCCCAACUCCUACUUACCAGCACGGAGCCCAGGUCCAGCUCCUUGUGGCGGUGAGCGGGGGCUGCCCAAAUCUCUUAAUCUUAUCUGAAUUGAUUCAGAGGCUUCAAAUCGAUUUGGACCUUUUUAUGGGUCUCGUGAUUCAGUAUAGGUUCGGAGAUUCGGCCAUCGAAUCAAGCCAAAUUUCCUGCAAAUCGAAUCAGCAAUCAAAGCUUUACACAGCCCUAGCAUAUAACAUUCCAGGGAUUAAAUUCUCCAUUUUCCCAUGCAGCUCCUAUGCACUAACCACUGGUGAAGACUUCACAACCUAUAUAGGACUUCAAGUGUACAUUAUAUGCUAAAAUUUAUAGUUCCCCCUAGUUAAUGGGACAGCCCCUGUCUUUAUUUAGUCUCUGUAUUCAGUAAAACACAAAAACCUAAACACUGCCUGGAGGACAGUGCAGUGAAUACUCUUUGAACAGAACAUGCAGUCAUUCUGCUGAUCUGAAAAUCCAGAAGAAUAAAGGAGUAUGGAAGUGAAACAGCAAGAAUAGAGCCCUUAGCCACAACAAUGCAUCUUAGACUAUUGAGAAAUAACAUUUAUUAAAAUAUAAUUUAUGUUUAAAAUUAUAGUAUAUUUCAAAUAUGCACCACCAUGGCAAGCAUAUUUACUCUUUGUUUUGGCUAAUUUAGUAAAAAUUCCUCUACAUCCAGAUUUAAGUGAAAUUCCCGCUCAUGUUGUUGCCUAAUAGUAAUCUGGCAACUUUUAUAUCUGAUUUAUAAGAUUACCAAGAGGUUCUUUUAUGUUAAAAGAGAUGACUCUUUGUUAACAUAAUGUAUAUAUUCAUCUUGUAACUAAAUCUCUCCUUCUCUCUCAGGAUCUAUGCCAGUUAAGUAUUUGGGUUAAUUUAUCAUGUUAUCUUUAUGAAUCAGCAGUGAAAUACAAAAAGAAACACUCUGCUAUAUAAUGUAUUUUUAAAUAAAAUAAUUUUUCAUGUA